AGAGGCGGCGCGCCGAGCUCGGUGCCUUUCGGCGGUGUCGGCCGCGGGCGGCGAGAGCGGCUGGAAGGGCGGCGGGGCGGCGGCAGGAGGCAGGAGCGCGGCGAGCGCGGCGGGCGGAGAAUGGCGGGGAGGCGGCGGCAGAGGCGCGGGCCGGGCGGCGGGCGAGCGCUGCUGGCCGCGGUGCUGCUGUGCGUGUGCUGCCGGGCGGCGGCCGAGCGGGUCCGCUACGCCAUCGCCGAGGAGCUGGGCAGAGGCUCGCUCGUGGGGCCGCUGGCGCGGGACCUGGGGCUCAGCGCCGACGAGCUGCCGGCGCGCAAGCUGCGGCUGAGCGACGAGAAGCAAUACUUCACGGUGGAUGAGGAGAACGGGAACCUGUACGUGAACGAGAGGCUGGACCGGGAGGAGAUGUGCGGCGACUCGGCGACCUGCUCCGUCAGCUUCGAGGCGCUGGUGCACAACCCGCUGAACAUUUUCCAAGUCGAUGUGGCGAUCGAGGACGUGAAUGACAACUCCCCGGUCUUCAGCAAAGCUGUACUGGCUCUCGAGAUCGGUGAAUGGAUCCCUACCGGUGCUCGUUUUCCUUUGGAGAUGGCGCGAGAUGCAGACUCAGGAAGCAACUCGCUGUUGACUUAUCAACUGACGAGCGACCCGUCUUUUACGUUGUCCAUGAAGGAAAAGGCAGGCGGAAAAAAGCAGCCGGAAUUAGUACUGGAGAGACCGCUGGACCGGGAGAAGCAGAGUUUCUUUGAGCUGGUGCUGACGGCAGUGGACGGUGGGGAACCUGCGAGGUCCGGAACUGUCCAGAUUCGGGUCAAUGUGACAGACGCCAACGACAACCCGCCCGUGUUCAGCAAAAGCGUCUACGAGGCGCGAGUGGCAGAGAAUCUGCCGGCGGGGUCUCUGGUGCUGCGGGUGCAGGCGAAGGAUGCGGACGCGGGCGCUAACGGGAGAGUCUUUUAUUCCUUCAGCAACGUCGCGGAGAGCAUCCGCUCGCUGUUCACUAUUGACAGUGAGAGUGGCGAAGUGAGGACGGCGGGUCCCCUCGAUUUCGAGGAACAGAGUAAAUACAGCUUUCGGCUGGAGGCGACGGACGGCGGUGGCCUCACCGAUGACUGUGAAGUGCAGAUCGACAUCACCGAUGAGAAUGACAACGCGCCCGAAAUCACCAUUCUGUCCCUCUCGAGUCCCGUGCCUGAGGACGCCCCGGUGGGCACCGUGGUGGCCCUGCUGAAAGUGCGGGACAGAGACUCGGGCGAGAACGGUCAGGUGUCGUGCGAGCUGUCGGGCGAGGCGCCGCUGUCGCUGGUGGCGUCGUCGGGCGGCUCGUACAAGGUGGUGACGGCGAGCGCGCUGGACCGCGAGCAGGCGUGCGAGCACCGCGUGACGGUGGUGGCCCGGGACCGGGGCAGGCCGGCGCUGCGGAGCAGCAGGGAGCUGGUGCUGGAGGUGUCGGACGUGAACGACAACGCGCCGGUGUUCGAGGAGGCGGCGUACAGCGCGUACGUGGCGGAGAACAACGCGGCGGGCGCGCUGGUGCUGCGCGUGCAGGCGCGGGACGCGGACGCGGGCGCCAACGGGCGCGUGAGCUACUGGCUGGCGGGCGGCAGCGCGGGCGCGGCGGGCGCGGCGCCGCUCGUGUCGGUGGAGGCGCGGAGCGGCGCGCUGUACGCGCAGCGCUCCUUGGACUACGAGCGGUGCCGCGAGUUCGCGGUGGCCGUGCGGGCGCAGGACGGCGGCUCGCCGGCGCGCAGCUCCACGGCCACGGUGCGCGUCUUCGUGCUGGACCGCAACGACAACGCGCCCAGGGUGCUGUGGCCGGCGGCGGCGGCGGCGGCGGCGGGAGAGGCGGCGGGAGGGGCGGCGGCGCCUUUCGAGGUGGUGCCGCGCUCGGCCGAGGCCGGCUACCUGGUGGCCAAGGUGGUGGCGGUGGACGCGGACGCGGGGCGCAACGCGUGGCUGUCGUACGAGCUGGUGGCGGCGUCGGAGCCGGCGCUGUUCCGCGUGGGGCUGCACAGCGGCGAGGUGCGCACGGCGCGCGCCGUGUCCGAGCGGGACGCGGCCAAGCAGCGUGUGGUGGCCGUGGUGAAGGACCACGGGCAGCCGGCGCUGUCGGCCACGGCCACGCUGCACGUGGUGCUGGCCGAGAGCUUGCAGGAGGCGCUGCCGGAGCUGAGCGAGCGGCCGGCGGGCGCCGAGGCGGCGGCGGCGGCGGCGGCCGAGCUGCAGUUCUACCUGGUGCUGGCGCUGGCGCUGCUGUCGGCGCUCUUGGUGCUGAGCGUGGCGCUGGCCGUGCUGGCGCGGCUGCGCCGGGCCGGGCCGCCCGCCGUGCUGCGCUGCCUGGGCGCGCAGCGCUUCUCGCUGGCCGGCGCCGCCUUCCCGGCCGACUUCUGCGAGGGCACCUUGCCCUACUCCUACAACCUGUGCGUGGCGCCGCCGGCCCGCGCCCCGCCCGAGGCCGCUUGGCCGCCGCCGCCGGUGCCCAUCCUGUCGGCGGAGGAGCUUCUGGCCGGGGAUUCCUGCGACAAGCCGAGCCUGAGCAGCAGCGCCGCCGAGAGAGAGGUGGCCCCCAAUCCAGACAUACCGCAGGUCUGUAAACCUGAAUACUCUUGUUUUCCAUGUGUUUUUCAGUGGCAUGGUCCCCUUUUCCCUCUGUUUUUUUCCCCCUGAUGUUGUUCGGGUAAUUUUUUAGUCCUGGAAGGAAUGAAGUACUGUAUCCUCCUUCCACUCUCAGCAGGCAGACAGUCGUGGCAUUUGGUUAUUUGGUGGUAGUACAUGAGAGGUAUUGACCAGAGGUCUCCUUUUGAGUCAUGAACGCGAUAAAUUAUAGAAACUAAUAUAGAUGCUUUGUGUUUCAAAUUUUUUCUUCGAAUUCCCUUUUCCCUAAACUCUUUUACUUGGACCUGUUUUGCAGUUGAACAAAUGCUGACUAAUGCUUUUGUCCUUUUGGAGGUUACUUGAGAAUCCUUACCAAAACUCCACGGUGUGUCAUGUUUUGCUGGAAAGCUGAUUCACAAAUGGUAGCACUCGGCUGUUUUCUUCCAGGCAUUUUUUCUCUAAAGCAAAAUCGUUGGUAUUGCUGUUUCCAGAAGGAAUAUUACAGGCUGCUGCUCCCUAGACAAUGUUCUCCUGUUCCACCAUGUGUCUUCUGA